AUGACUUCCGCCCCUCUCGCCUCGACAUCACAGUUGUCGCAUGUGGUUGAUUCCGCACCGCCUACGAUCCUCAGCUUGGCGCACAGCUUGUCCACGUCGAUCAAUGCGACGUUCGACCGCGUAUCCUCCUCCUCCUCAACGCCAUCGUCGUCGACUAGGUUCCUCCAUCCUUAUGGUCCCUUGGAUCCCCAACAGCUAAAUCGUACUCGACAACACGUCUCUACGACCCUAACGCAACUACGCCAAGCGAUCCAAUCGUUCAAUUCGCUCCUUCCACCCCCACCUACCCCAACCUCGGACCACUCUACCUCGAACCAAGCAACCGUAGCUCCGACCGCCGCCUCCAACAUGAAACCGCACGCCCAAUUGGACAAAUACCUUACCGUACUCAAAGAAGCUUCGACGCACCAAGGCGCUUUGCAUCAUUGGCUCUCGACCGAACUCGAUAUCGCUAAACGUGUAGUAGACGCUCAUACGAAUGAGGAGUCGGUACCCGUUGCGAUUCCGAACGAGCUGGGAUUGAUCGGGUUGGAAAGGACUGUGCAAGUCCUUCAAGGGAUCGCGAAAGGUUUCGGGUUGGUUUCCUUUAGAGAAGGGGGUCAGGAGGAAGGGGAGAAGUCGGCGAUGACGAUGCCGAGGGCCGAGACGGAGACGUUGAGUUUGGGAGGCAAAGUCAUGGUCGUCGAUUUUAUCAUCUCGACGAAACGAGGGAACGUCGACAAAGUCAACGUAUCUUAUGUCAUGGAUGCGGGGCAAGUCGAUCUUACGGAGGUGGCGGGGAGCUUGCAGAAAUGUGUCUCACUACUCGGAGACGAGGAGGCGCGCGCGCACGAAGAAGGAGGUGCGGAGGCCUUACAGGGAGGUUUGAGAGGGUGUAGGAGGAUCUUGAGGGAGUUGACGAGCUUGGACACGAUGACGGAACAGAGUGGGGUGGAUGCGUUCUUGGCGGUGGAGAGGAUUGAGAUGGCUUGUAGGCUUGUGCUUUCUCCGGGGCAAGCCGAGGGGUGAGUGCUUUGAUCUCGCUGCUGGGGAUGGCUGGGCUGUACGGGGAGAAGAUUAGCUGAUGCGAUUAGGCAACCAUGCAGUGAAACAACACCAAAGCCCGUCGAUCCGACAAGAAGAGGACUCCUCCUCCCUCGAACGCGAGACCAUCUCCCACGCAUCCUCUACCACGCCACACCGUUGGUCCAAAUGACCAACACAUGGACUCAAGCAUCUACGAGCAACUUUGAACAAGACCUCUCCGACCUCCUCUCCCUCGACGGUAUCAGCACACUCUCGAUCCACCUCGAGAAACCCAACAAGUCCACCCUAAUCCCCUCAUCCUACGUCGACCUCGUCGAGGAGGAAACGCAAGGGGAUUCAACGACCACGAUGUUUGAUCCCCCUGCUGCAAAGAAGGUUAGAUACAGAGUCUUGGAUAAAGGUACGGCCCCUUGGUUCGUGGCGAAGUUUGAUGGAGGCGUGGGGAUUACGAAAGAGGUGGGAAGGAGGCUUAGGGAGGUCCUUGGAGAGGUGGGGGUGGGGGUGGGGUCGGGGAAUGGGAAGGGUAUGGAGAGGAAGGGGAGAGAGGGGGUGUGUAUGCUUGAUGCGGUGCUGGUGAGUGUCUUUGUUGGGGGCAUGGGACGUGUUUGUUUGGGGUUAGGCAGAAUACUGAUGAGUGGAUUGGAUGAGAUGCCCAGCUGUCCCAGCGUCCUAUGGAGCGAGUGGACGCCGUUUACCCUACUGCUCGGUACAAAGUUGUAUAUCCCCCCAAUCAACGUUCGCGUACACUUACCUACUCUAUAUUUAUACCAUUUAUCUCUCUCUUUUUGUGAUGACAGUCAUUCGACGACCUCCCAAUGGUGCAAGAAUACGCUCUCGAUAGCUCGACCCGAGUCCCCGGUUACCUCCUCACGAGUCUCCGGUUCCAAGAGCCCGAGCACUUGUUCAAAGCCCUCAAAGUAAGCCAUUUGGUCGGUCUUGGUUUUUGUUCUUCAAGGCGCACGGACUUAGAACCCCUCUUCGCUCGCUUUCGGCAGAUCAUUCAAGCCCAGGCGAGGAUCAACGCGCUUGUGCGGAGCGUUUUCCAUCCUCGGUACCUUGUUCCGAGGUCUGGAAUGAAAAACGGAGUGUUAGAUGGGGGUCUUCCGACGAAGAGGAGGAAACUCGAAGUGGAAGUUCCGAUAUCGUUGGAGGAUGUCUUGGGUGAGUUCGUUGGGCGGAGGCGUGUAGCUUGACGGAUGGAGCACAGGUGCUGACACGUUCUGUCAUCGGCCUCAUCGAAGAAUCACCGCGAUCGACCUUGCCGAUCUUUGUUCAGAUACAAAAUGACUCGUCUAUCUCGCUCUCGUUCCCACACCCUUCUGGUCCAGCCGAACUGGCGAAACCUACGGCGCUUCAUAUAUCGUCGACAUCGUCGGAGGAGGGGGAGGAGGGUUAUCACCUCCGUUUCGAAGGCUUGGAAGUGGACGUGAGCAAGGCGAAAGAGGUGUUGGAUCUGACGGGUGAUUUGGGGUUGUUGAUGAGAUGGGCUAUGAAGACGUUAGGGUAG